AUGUUAUCCUCCAAAGUCCACAGAGUCUCCCACAGGAUGAGUCACAAAUAUGGUAACCAGGGAAGUAUGAACCCAAGUCCUCAGAGGAGGAGUCUCAGUGACCUGCCAAUGGAGGACCGAAGUGCUGACCAGUCCAACACCCUCCUAUCUGCUUUUCUCGAUGUCCUGAAUUCAGUCUCUACUGAGAGAGGCAAACAAGACUCACUUGGCCGCAUCCCCAUGGGCAAGCCAGAUAAAAUGAGAAACAGGAUGUGGAAUUGCACCCAUCUUUCAACCAUGAUCAAGCUGAUGAGAAACUCAUCUGAGGAAUCUGCAUGUUACAUGCGAGCAUUUGUGGCUCCUCUGUCCUGGGCAACUUUGACCAACCAGGCUGAAAACAACAUGGACCCAGAUGACUAUGACACACUGCUGCUGGCUGUCAAACCUGUGCUGCUCAGUAUGAAAAGAAUGACCCUUCCUACCAGAGUAGAGGGCCAAAACAUGAAAAAGAUGAUGAAGAUGCUGCAGGGGGUGUAUGAUCCCAUGUCUGAGGAUAAAAGGACUCAAGUGGUAAAAUGGGCAAAAGAACAGUUCACUGAGAACUACUUCAACUGUUCUCUGAGGCCAUCAAGAUCAACGUUAAUGGAGCGCUGCAAACCAUCACUAAAAUGGCUGGACAUGGAGGCGUUGACCAUGAUGGGGCCUUACCUCUCCCGUUUAGCACCAGGCGAUGUUGACUCCUCUCCUAAAGAAAAGCUGUGUGAAUUUUUCCGCUCAGCCCGGUUCAGAUCAACCUUCAGUAGGGUGACCCGCGUGAACCCCAGCCUGGGCAAGAAGUUUCUCCAAAAAGUUCAAGAGUGCUUCAGUGGACAGGAAGAGUUUGCAGAGCAUGUGGACAAGCUUGGCCCACUGGCUUGUUAUUAUAAUGGUGCUCCAGACUUGACUCCUGAUCUCAGCAGGAAACUUCUCUCUCAGACUGCCGACUGCGACAACCCUAGAAUCACAAAGUUGAAGAAGCGCCUUCUGAAGUCUGUUAUGUCAGAUACCAAUGACGCCAGCGGUCUGACACUAAAUGAGCUGGGCUCUAGUGUUACCUUGUUGUCUCCCAAACAACUGUCCACAAUCCCUAGUGCCAAUAUCCAAGAAGUUCUUAAAACCCUGGGACCCAAUGUCCGAUGGACAAAGGCCCAACUGCGCACUUUGGUCAAGAAACAGCUGGGCAAUAAGAAGUGUAAAGAGGUGUCAUACAAGGAGCUGAUGGCGCUUGGGUCACUUGUGGAAGGUGUGCCAAGAUGCAUGCUUAAGCAUGUUAAAGCGCGGGAGAUUCUCAGUGAUACAGAGGGUCUGAACAAGAUCUCCAAGCGAAUGAGGAAGGGGCAGUUGAAGGCCAUGCUGCAGGGGCUACGUGAGAAUGUGAAUCCAUCAGAGCUGGUACAGAAGCUGCCUGGCCCUUUGCUUCACUGCAUUUCACUUAACAACCUGGACAACGCAAACAUCACUUCUUUGGACCAAGUGGAGAAUAAAAUCUGGAGUCUGCCACAGGCAGCUUUCAUAGCAAAGAAGAUGAAUGAUCUGAAGCAACUUAAGUACAGGAGGAUGCGUUCAGUCCUUCAGGGUCUUACCUGUAAGAUGAUUGACAAAGUUGCUGACCAUGAUGUAAAGGACUUGGCUCAGGCCAUAGAAGAGACACCACAGUGGCUCUCCAAAGUGCAAACAGCUUGUGCAGCCCGAAAGUUUUUUACAACUUUGGAGAAAAAGAGACCCAAUUAUUUCAAAGCCAUCACAGUGGAGGAGCUGGAUGAGAUUCCCACAUCCUUGCUUCUUCAUCUGCCGCCUUUGAUGGUGAACAAUUUGACUGACUCUGUGUGUCCAGUCUUCCUCGACAAGAUGGAAGCGGCCAACCUGGGCUCAUUACCUCUUCGUAGCCCUUCUCGCCCUGCACUCACCCAGAGAGCUCUGCUCUGCCUGACCAAAGGGACAAGUUUAUCUAAACUGACCAUCGAGGAUGUGUCCAGGCUUGGACCACUCCUGUGUGAGCUUCAGCCUUUCCAACUGCGCCUCAUGGCCCCUGAUGUUCUUAACCCCAGCCUGCAGGCCAUGGCUUCCUGCCAUCACAUUCCUCAGCGUCACAGGGCCCAACUAAUUCAGCUGGUCAACCAGACUUUUGGGGAUCCAUCUGAUUGGUCAGCUGAGACUAUGGAAUCACUUGGUCCCCUUCUACUUUUGGAUGAUGAUGCCAUAUCUGCUCUGCCCAACAAGCCUUGGAUGAAGGACACUCUGUAUUUCCUGAAGCCACGUCUGUCCCACGUUUCCAAUGCUCUGAAAAAGAAAUUAUUUUAUCUCACCACUACAUCAAACGGAGCACGUAAAAAGAGAGAAGCCAACAGUAACACUGUCAGUAACCCUGACAGUAACAGUAAAAAACUCACUGUUGACGUAAUUGAAGAACUGGGAUUGAGCAACGUCUACUGGACAGCUGAUCAGCUGAAUGCAAUCUCAGUGGACACCUUCUUCACUACUGUAGAAACACUUGGGUCUGUUUCUGGCUACGAUGCGGACCAACUGACUGUGCUGAGUAAAAAGGCAAUUGAGGCUUUCGGCCCAGUCUCACAGAUGAAUGAGAGUGCAAUCACACAGAUGGGAUGCAUAGCUCAGGGCUUCUCCGAUUCAGACCUGGAGAUGUUCGCCUUCUCAAUGGACACUCUGGAGGAAAUCGCUCGCUGUAGCUGGAAUGAGUCACAGAUGCAGCCAGUGUGGAAGGGCAUUGCUAAACAUAACAACCUGAUAGCGCAGCAGCUGGUAGCUGCAGACAUGGUGGCACUGAACCGCUUCAUCUGUGGCCUGAACGCCAGCGAGAUCCAACAACUAAACAUAGACGCCUUUAAGGAUGCUGUGGGUUCAAUGGAUGGUAUUCAAUGCUCCUUUGAGAUUGCACAGGAGUUGAAAAGUCUUGCUGUGUCCGCCUUUGGAGAUCCCAGCACCUGGACUGAAGCGCAAGUGUCUGACUUGGGCAACAUCAAUGCUGGGUUAAAUGCAGCAGAGCUGGCUUCUUUGGAUCCAUCUGUCUUCUCGUUUCUCAGGAAGACCUGCAUCGCACUCAUUCCUCCACGAAACUUUGCUGCACUCUCUGUAGCACAAUUGGAAGCUCUUGGACCUGACAAUGCUGCCAUGGUAACCAGUGAACAGCGAGCUGCGCUAAAUGGCAAACAGUUGGCUUCCCUUGAUAGAGCUUCGACUGGGACCCGUGGCCAAACAGAAGACACUGGGUCAGGAGCUCCAUCGCUGACUGUUGAGGGGAUCUCGGCUUACAUGAAGCCUCUUCUCUUUCUUUUCACGGGUUUCCUGCUGCUGUGAGAGCAGAGCCGCCACAUACACCUGCCAAACCUGCAGGAGCUUUAGCU